ACGACAGUCAGAUAUAGACACAGAUAUUAGAGCUCCUUUGUAGGGCACCCCUGAUCCUAAACCAGAACUUUUCACUGCCCACAACUAAGCGUGCGUACUCCCACAGUGGUGCACAUCGAAAGGUCACGUUGAACUUCGCCCAUAAUAAGAGGUGAACUUCGCCCAUAAUAAGAGGAGCAUUGAAUCUGAUUACACGUUAUAUGCAUUGACCGUGCUGCCGUGCUGCAAAUUCUGCAAGGACCGCAUGUGCAACGAAGCUACUGCCCGCUGCUCAAUACCGCUCGGUGUUUCUUGCCUCGUAACUCGUACGAUUCUCUGAUCUGCAUUGGCUCAAGAUGCCUUCUUACAAGGUGGUGUAUUUCGAUGGCCGUGGGUAUGCCGAACCCACCCGCAUGUUGCUAGCCCUUGCCGGCCAGGAGUUUGAGGACAUUCGCUACUCGCGUGAGGAAUGGCCCCAGCACAAAGCCGAUGCCCCCAUGCAGCAGCUACCGUACCUUGAAGUCGACGGUAAGAAAAUCCCUCAGAGCCGGGCCAUGCACGGCUUUGUGGCCAGGGAGUUUGGCUUAAACGGUGCCAACAACGAGGAGACGACUAAAAUUGAUGUCAUCAUCGCUUCGCUUGAAGACAUUCGACUUCCACUCAGCAGGAUUGUCUUUCGUGAACAGGACGAAGAAAAAAAGAAAGAAUUAUUGGCGAAAUUUUAUGCCGAGACAGCUCCUAAGUUCUUUACGGCACUUGAAAAGAUGCUGGUAGAGAACGGUGGUGAUGGAUUCUUGGUCGGUUCCAAAAUUUCUCGCGCCGACAUCUUCUUUUACGUCGUCAUGGAAUUUCUGGAUCAGAACGAGGUCAAGAAGUAUCCAAAGUUGGUAGCCCUGAUGGAGCGCGUUGCCAAGGACCCCAAGAUCGCCGCCUACUUGGCUAAGCGUCCGCAAACAGAGUGGUAAAGGGGGGAAGAGGACAGCGUUAUUUCCCGAUAAGGGCAGAGGAUGCUUGGAAGUUUGAGGCGUAGAGCUAUGUAGCAAAAACAAGGGCGGACCCAAGGGGGCAAAGGGCGGCCACCCCCCCCCCCCGAAAAAAAGGAAAAAAUCUUUUGUCAAAAUAUAAGAGAAAGACAAUUUGGAGUUUAGUUCAUUUCCCUUCCUUCUAAAAACGUGUAGAAAGUACCAAAUAGGUAGCCUCCCCCUCAGAAAGGCCAUCGAAAAAAAUGUUUUUAAAAUUCCCCCCCCCUUUGGAAAAAAGUUUGGACCACCCCUUCCCCCCCCCGAAAAAAUGGUUCUGGAUCCGCCCUUGGAGCUCCGUGCUUUAUGUCUAUAUCAGUCCCUGUCGAAUUUAUUAUGCCUUGGAUAUGACAUGAAAGUUUAGAGAGAAGUGAGCUGAAGCGAUGCCAAUUCUACUUAUUUGUCAAAUGUCAUUUUUUUAUGUCUGAUGGAAAAGCUAAAGGCACGAGAUAUGACUGGUUUAACCCUGAAUAUUAAGAAUGUGAUACUUAACCCACCUACAGAGACUUAUUAAUAUCUAUCUAGAUUUAUGCCUGAAACACAGGGACGCUGCUAUCCCAUGCAGUCUGCAUGUGUUGUCAUGCACUUUGCACUUCGCUCUAAUAAGCAGCGUAUGUACUUUGAGUCACACCUUUUCUGUGAAAAGUCAAAACCAGCUAACUGAAGUUUUUAAAAUUACAUACAUUUAAUCAAGUUUUGUAGAGCUGUUUUUUUUUUUAAAUCACAUAGAGAAAUAAAUCAGUCGGGCUGAACUCCAGAAACGAGACAAUUUCAAGCUCUUCUUUCACGAAACUGUUGCUGCCGUGACAUUACCGCUGCACUAAUGUGGAUAUUUACGUACCCAGCUAGUGGCGUAUCGAGCGGGGGUAGAAACUAAUCAUCAAAAAUGAUAUUUUAUCUUUCAAAUUUUCGCACCGAAAGCCUAAGAAAACAACACCACGAAAAAAGCAAGGAUGUCGGGACUGCAAGUAAAGCUUUUGAUAACUUUUCUUCCCCAACAUCAUGCCGAAUAAGCCCGAAACCGCUGUCGCUUUUGAAGUUAUGCCUCCCCGGAAACCAUAUUGAGACUGCAGCUGGAGAUGGAGGGGGAAAAAUAGAAAUAUGUGUACAUAAAAUUAUACUACAUUAGAAUAUAUCAGAAUAUUUUGCAGGUGUAUUCAACUCUUGAAUUUAAAGUGCUGAUUGAAAACCACAUUACUUUAAACUUCCACGUACAGUAGUGAGAUUAGUAU